AUGGCUGCGGACAAUAGCUCCGCCGCGGCCACGGUCGAUGCCGCCGCCGCUGGUGCCGCCGCGGCUGCGGACGCCGGCGGGCCAUUGCCACGGGUGGUGGCGUUGGGUGAUUCUGUUCUCUUCUGGUGGUGUGGCCGCAUCGUGUCUCUGGCGCGGGGGCGGGGCACGCUCGAGGCGGGGGACGCGGCGGCGGCGAUGCCGCCCGGCAGCCGCGCGGACAUCAAGGCGCAGUGGCGCGUGCCGGCUCGCGGGGCGCUCACCGCUGUCCAGGGCGCAGCUGUUGACGCUGCGCCGGCGCUGACCAACGGGCCGCCGUGGGUGAGCGCCACCGCGGCGCUCUCGUACAGCGUGACGACGCUGUCGGUGUUCGGCCACCACCGGCGGUGGCUGGCCCUGCGCGCCGCGCUGGCGUUCCUGGUGCUGGGGCUGCGGCUGUCGGUGCGGCGGCGCGGCGCGGACGCGGACGGGGAUGCGGGCGGCGGCCGGGCCCUUUUCGUGGGCCGGGCCGGCAGCGGGGCGCAGCAUGGUGCGGCCUUGGAGCGCCGGAGCAGCCAGCAGCGUCCAGCUUGA